AUUGGAGAAAUGCAAUAACGAGAUUAAGUUGAAGUAAGCCAAAAGAAUAACAAAUAAAUUAGGACAAGAAGCCUUUAAUGGAUGGAUUGUUGGACAUGUUUGUUAGGAAAUCAGCUAUAACGAAUACUAUGUAGUAGGUGAUAUCAAUUACAGAACCAAUAAUCAAUAGAGGACCUAGUAUAGAGGAAUAGUAAGCUUAGAUCUAGGAGAAUCAAUUCAAAUAUUUAUUAGUAUUAUUGAGUCAUUUUGCUGUUGCUUUGUUGAUGAUUGGAUUAUUAACAUUUUUCAAAUUUAGUGAAUAGAUAUAGCAAAUACCAUUUAUUAUUUGGGUUGUGCUUUUGAUGCUCUACAUCUUGUCAAUUGCAAUAGUAUAAUUUAGUGAAUCAUCAUCUCAAAAAUAACCUAAAAACGUAUUUUUGUUUGUAAAAUUAAAUAACUAUAAAAUAGGGAGUUAAUACUUUAGUGAGAUUAUUUUGGUUUAUAUAUGCAGUAGUCUUAUACCCAUAAUUGCAUCUGGAAGUUGUUAUUGGUUUACUCUUAAUCAACUUACUUGUAAUUUUACUUUGUUUCCACUUGGAUAAGUCAGAAGGUAUUAAGAACUGUUUCAUCGUUUGUGAUCAGCCAUGGAGGUACUUACUUAGUAAUUAAAUUAUUAACUAGAAUAUCAUUUGUACUUCUGUUUGAAAUUCUAUUUGUUGGGUUAUAUCUGAAUAUCUAGGAUGCAGCAACAGCAAUAAUAUGGUAUAAUAAAAUGUCAUUUAUAUAAGGAUCUUAGUACUGUUUGCUUUAUAUGCAUUCAUAUUGUUGAAUGUGCAAUUGGUGGAAUUCAGAAGACACUUGGCCAAGAAUGGAAACGUAUAUUUCUUAUCUUAAAUGUACUUUGAUGGUGACAUAGUGUUUCCAUGUUAUUUCUUAUAGCAUCAUUUAUUAUGCACUAGUGAAAGAAGUAUUUUAAGAUAAUGAUUAAUAAUAUAAAAU